AUGUCUGAAAAAGCUGCUGCCAGUCCUGAAACUAGUGCCACUUCCACUGCUCCAAAGCCUCCAAGCUCUGCCGUCUUCUCCAUGUUCGGUGGCAAGAAGGAGGAAAAGAAGGAUGAAGAGAAAGAAGUAAAGAAGGAUGAAGAAAAGAAGGAGAGUGCUGAAGCAGCUGCUGAAGAAGAAUCUCCAGAUAUUCAUUUUGAACCAAUCGUUCAUUUGGAAAAAGUGGACGUCAAGACUUUAGAAGAAAAUGAAACCGUUUUAUUCAAGGUAAGAGCUAAAUUAUUCAGAUUCGAUCCAGAAAAUAAAGAAUGGAAGGAAAGAGGUACCGGUGACUGUAAAUUCUUACAAAAUAAAGAAACAAAGAAAGUUAGAAUCUUGAUGAGAAGAGAUAAGACUUUGAAGGUUUGUGCUAACCACAUUAUUGCUCCUGAAUAUGAAUUGAAGGCUAAUGUUGGGUCUGACAGAUCUUGGGUUUAUACAUGUACUGCCGAUGUUGCUGAAGGUCCCGCUGAAGCUUUUACUUUUGCCAUCAGAUUCGGUUCUAAGGAAAAUGCUGAUAAAUUCAAGGAACAAUUCGAAAAGGCUCAAGAAAUAAACAAGAAUUAA